AUGCAAUGGCAUCGACCGGGAGAGGGCACAUGCUACGAUGAUCUGCUGAAAAAGCGAUGCGAGAGCUCCUGCCGUGGCCACUCAGAGAGCUCCCCAGAGCUUGUCGCCGCUGAGCAUGACGUAGCUUCCCCCCCUGUUGGUGGGUUAUCGCCUCUGGCAUGUGCGUGGCAGCGGGAAGCAACAAGCACCAGUCGCAGCGGCAGCAGCAGCGGCAGCGGCAGCAGCGGCGGCAGCGGCAGCAGCGGCGGCAGCGGCAGCUUCCUUGCCUGUCUCUGA